AUGUUCUACCACCAUGUGUCUGUCGCAUGCAUUGGGCUGAGGUUAGAUCAUAUUUCUGUUUUGCGUUUUCGGUGUGAGCGGGCUUUGCAGAACUCGGAAGCGACCGACAUCCCGCAGGUGCAGGACGGUUUUCAGCGGAAGCUCGUCACACGUGCGGGCUUCAGGACAACUGCGGACGAUCGGGCAGAUCAAGCAAAACUUGGUGCGUUUUAUCCUCGUGUGGGAUCACCUCUUUUAUGCGAAGCCCCGCGAAAGCAGCAGAGGCGGCCGGACGGCAUGGAUGUCACUGGCAAGGACAACUGCGACAUGGAAUGUGACGCAAGCAAUGCAGACGCAGAGCAUCGCGACGAGGGCUCGGGUACUCAAAAAAUGGGACCCCCGGAGGUAUGCCAGCUGGUGCCCGUUGCAUCGCAAAGCAGUGCGGUGUCGGGUGGUAUUUCCACCACUUGUAGCACAGCAGCCGGCAGCGGAGUCGACGGUCUUCCACAAGGACAACGAUUGGCUUCUGUCGACUUCAAGAAUCAGCCGUCAAGGCCCGCCGCGCAUCUGGUGCCGAACACAUUGUGUCCAGCACGUCCACCGGCAGAGGCUCUUUCACGGUCAUCCUCAGUGCCCAGUGGUCGUGGUAAGCGAGGUCCGAGCCAGGCUGCUGCCGACGGCGCGUCCUUGUUCUUAAGCGACCAGACCAAGGGAGCACAUUUUGGCACCAUGCCAAGGGAUGUGGAAGUUCUGCCACAAAGUUUAGGGCCCGGCCCAGCACGCUAUGAUUCGAGCACCGCUGCAUUCAAGACCUCGGGCAGGGUUUCUUUCGGGAUGCCGAAAUUCAAUGCCGAACCCCGCAGAACGAUGGAGGGCAUGUACGUUCGCGGCUGGUCCGGGCCUGGCGUUGGAAAGUACAACCCACCGUUGCGUUCGCGCUCAAGGGGUGGCAGCUUCACCCGUGCAGCUCGUUGGGGAUCGAGAUCAGCAGGUGGCCUUCCUGGGGCUCUUCCGAGCCCGUCUCCUGGCCCGAUGAGCUAUAAGCCAAAUCAUGCUGCAUUGAGCACCGUCCACUGA